CACACCCACUUGACACGAUGCCAUCUAAAUCUCCGGCGCAGGCGUUGCUGGAAAAGGCGGACAAGAAAGCCAACUCGUCGACGGGCUGGUUCUCGUCCUCGUCUACCAAGUAUGAGGAGGCCGGCGACAUGUAUCAGCAGGCUGCGAACUCCUUCAAGAUCGACAAGCUAUUCCGGGAGGCCGGGGACGCUCAUGCGAGGGAGGCGGAGUGCAGGGAGAAGAGCCAGGAGACAAACGAGGCUGCGAACGCCUGGUGGAACGCCGCGAAGGCGUACAAGCGGGGUCAUCCUGAUCUCGCCAUCCAAGCACUCACACAUACUAUUACACACCUUACACAAGGGGGACGCUUCAGGCAGGCUGCUGAUAGAGAGAAGGAGAUCGGGCAGAUAUACCUCACGGAACUCCAUGAACUGCGGAAAGCAUGCGAAAGCUUUGAACGGGCUGCGGAGUGGUACGCGCAGGAAGAUGCUACGGCAACUGCCAAUUCGUGCUACAAGGACGCCGCAGAUCUACACGCUGAACUGGAAGAAUACCCCCAAGCGAUCGCGCGUUAUGAACAGGUAGCCAAUGGCUCCUUGUCAUCCGCACUCACGAGGUACAGCGUAAAGGAAUACUGGCUGCGGGCCAGCCUGUGCGCACUCGCCAUGGGGGAUACAGUCAGCGCGAAGCGCAACCUUGGCAAGUACUCGUCUCUCGAUACUAGUUUCAGCACUACACGCGAGGCCAAGUUCGUGAAUGUGCUCAUCGAGGCGAUCGAAGCCGGAGACCUCGAGACCUACACUGCUGCUGUCUUCGAGUUUGACCAGGUUACAAAGUUGGAUAACUGGAAGACGAAUAUUCUGUUGAAGAUCAAGAGGGGAAUCCAGGAGGAGCCUGGUCUCACCUAAGAUGGCAUCGUUACCUCGUGAUUGUGUGGUAACAGUGUCUGAAUAUCAUCGCCUCAGUCUCAUUAUAGUGUGCCGUGUGGUACCAGGCUGUGCGCGUCGUGUAAUUUAUACUCAGGAAUACAAUCUACAGUACUAGU